UAUGUAUAACUUGUAAACUGGUGAAGAGCUCUCUCUCUGAUCUGAUCCGAGUUUGUAGCAAUGGCGAAACUAAACCCUAACUUCAUCUCCUUGAUUCUUUUCGCUCUCGUGGUGAUCGUCUCUGCUGAAGUUAUCUUCGAGGAAAAAUUCGAUGAUGGAUGGGAGAAGAGAUGGGUACAAUCCGACUGGAAGAAAGAUGAUAACACUGCUGGGGAAUGGAAACACACAGCUGGAAACUGGUCUGGCGACGCUACCGAUAAAGGUAUCCAGACUAGCGAGGACUACAUAUUCUACGCCAUAUCAGCUGAGUUCCCUGAGUUCAGCAACAAGGACAAGACCCUAGUCUUCCAAUUCUCUGUCAAGCACGAGCAGAAACUUGACUGUGGUGGUGGCUACAUGAAGUUGCUCAGUGAUGAUGUUGACCAGAAGAAAUUUGGAGGAGACACUCCUUACAGCAUUAUGUUUGGCCCUGAUAUCUGUGGCUACAGCACUAAGAAAGUACAUGCUAUCCUUACCUACAAUGGAGCAAACCAUCUGAUCAAGAAGGAGGUCCCAUGUGAGACUGACCAGCUUACCCAUGUCUACACAUUCGUCCUCCGCCCAGAUGCUACUUACAGUAUCUUGAUUGACAAUGUUGAGAAGCAAACUGGUAGCCUCUACUCUGACUGGGAUCUCCUCCCACCAAAGAAGAUCAAGGAUCCAAGUGCCACGAAGCCUGAGGACUGGGAUGAGACUGAGUACAUUCCUGAUCCGGAAGACAAAAAGCCAGCUGGAUAUGAUGAUAUCCCAAAGGAGAUCCCAGACACUGAUGCUAAAAAGCCUGAGGACUGGGAUGAAGAAGAAGAUGGUGAGUGGACUGCUCCAACCAUUCCCAACCCAGAGUACAACGGUGAAUGGGAGGCCAAGAAAAUCAAGAACCCAAAUUACAAGGGCAAGUGGAAGGCUCCAAUGAUUGAUAACCCUGAGUUCAAGGAUGACCCAGAACUCUACGUCUUCCCCAAAUUGAAGUAUGUUGGAGUGGAGUUGUGGCAGGUGAAAUCUGGAUCCUUGUUUGACAAUGUGUUGGUAAGCGAUGACCCAGAUUACGCUAAGAAGUUGGCCGAAGAAACAUGGGGAAAGCACAAGGAUGCGGAGAAAGCAGCAUUCGACGAAGCUGAGAAGAAGAAAGAGGAAGAGGAAUCAAAGGACGCUCCUGCUGAAUCUGACGCCGAGGGAGAAGCAGAAGAUGAUGACAAUGAAGGAGAUGACUCAGACAACGAAUCAAAGUCUGAGGAAAGCAAGGAAUCCGAGGAAACCGAUGCUGCCCAUGACGAGCUUUAAGCAAAGAUGGUGGAGACUAUUAAAAAGAUUUUCGUAGUCUUUCUUGUUUUUACCUUUUCUUUCCAAGGAACUCCUUAGCUCUAGUUUUGUUGGGCUGUAUAACUUUUUUUAGCUAUUAUGGUGAAAUGGUUGUGGCAGCUUCAUCUCUCCCCUUCUCUUUACUCUCAUGAUCAUCUCAUAUUCUCCUCUUUACAUGGACUCACAAUAGAGAAGGAAAUAAGUAAGGCUGUUUAAAAGCAUUUCAUUA